GGGGACAGAGACCUGGAGCCAGGGCGGCGAGAAGGCAUCUGACGGAGCCGGCAGAGCAAGACCAGCCCCAAACAACAAGAGGAACAACAGCCCCUUAGGCCGCACCUGCCACAGACCCCAAACCCCCAUCAGCCAAGCAGGACCCUCGGAAGGAUGGCCGAUGCUCAGACGCAGGUGGCCCCCACCCCAAGCAUCCCCGUGGCAGCUACAGAGGACCUGCCCCUCCCUCCACCACCUGCUCUGGAGGAUCUGCCGCUGCCGCCACCCAAGGAGUCCUUCUCCAAGUUCCACCAGCAGCGGCAAGCCAGCGAGCUCCGCCGCCUCUACAAGCACAUCCACCCCGAGCUCCGCAAGAAUCUGGCUGAGGCUGUGGCUGAAGACUUGGCUGAGAUCCUGGGUUCCGAAGAGCCCACUGAGGGUGACGUCCAGUGCAUGCGCUGGAUCUUUGAGAACUGGCGGCUGGACGCCAUUGGGGACCAUGAGAGGCCACCUGCCAAGGAGCCCGUGCCCGGCGGCAAUGUCCAGGCCACGUCCCGCAAGUUUGAGGAAGGCUCCUUUGCCAACAGCACAGACCAGGAGCCAGCUGGACCUCGGCCAUCUGGAGGGGACGUCCGUGCAGCCCGCUGGCUGUUUGAGACAAAGCCGCUGGAUGAGCUGACGGGCCAUGCUGAGGCACCGGAAGCUACAGUGAGGGAGCCUGCAGCCAGUGGAGAUGUCCAGGGUACCAGGAUGCUCUUUGAGACGCGGCCACUGGACUGCCUGGGCUCCCGCCCCUCCAUCCAGGAGCAGAGCCCCUUGGAGCUGCGCUCAGAGAUCCAGGAGCUGAAGGGCGAUGUGAAGAAGACGGUGAAGCUGUUCCAAACAGAGCCGCUGUGUGCCAUCCAGGACGCAGAGGGAGCCAUCCACGAGGUCAAGGCCGCCUGCCGGGAGGAGAUCCAAAGCAACGCGGUGAGGUCUGCCCGUUGGCUCUUCGAAACGCAGCCUCUGGACGCCAUCAACCGGGACCCCAGCCAGGUGCGGGUGAUCCGGGGGAUCUCUCUGGAGGAGGUGGCCAGGCCCGACGUCAGCGCAACUCGCUGGAUCUUUGAGACACAGCCCCUGGAUGCCAUCCGGGAGAUCUCGGUGGACGAGAAGGACUUCCAGCCAUCCCCAGAUCUUAUCCCUCCUGGUCCAGACGUUCAGCAGCAGCGGCAUUUGUUUGAGACCCGAGCACUAGACACUCUAAAGGGGGAAGAGGAGGCUGGAGCAGAGGCGCCACCCAAAGAGGAAGUGGUCCCCGGUGAUGUCCGCUCCACCCUGUGGCUAUUUGAGAUGCAGCCCUUGGAUACACUCAGAGACAAGGUCCAAGUGGGUCACCUGCAGCGGGUGGGACCCCAGGAGGGUGAGAGGUUCAUGUACGAGCGUCUAUCCAGUGAUGGUUCCUCAGCACUGUCCCUCUCUCAGAGUGCCCCCCAGAGGGAUGGGGUGAAGGGAGACGUGAAGACCUUCAAGAACCUUUUUGAGACCCUACCCCUGGACAGCAUCAGGCAGGGUGAAGCUUCGGCCCACGGGAGCAUAAGCAGAGCAGAAGGAACUGAUUCUGCUGGGCAGUCCCAGGACAUAGGGUCCCCGGUGUAUGCCAUGCAGGAUGGCAAAGGCCACCUCCAUGCCCUGACCUCUGUCAGCAGAGAGCAUGUAGUCGGAGGUGAUGUACAGGGUUACAGGUGGAUGUUUGAGACACAGCCCCUAGACCAACUAGGCCAAAACCCCAGUACCGUCGACGUGGUGCGGGGCAUCACCCGGCAGGAAGUGGUGGCUGGAGACGUGGGCACUGCCCGGUGGCUCUUUGAGACCCAGCCCCUGGAGGUAAUCCACCAACGGGAGCAGAAGGAACGACGGGAAGAAGAAGGAAAGCCUCAGGGAGGCCCUCAGCUUGAAGCAUCCCCCAAGGGUGAUGUGCAGACCAUUCGCUGGUUGUUCGAGACAUGCCCAAUGAGUGAGUUGGGCGAGAAGCAGGGGUCAGAGAUCACAGAUUCCACACCCAAGGCCAAGGCACGGUCCUGCACCUGGAUGUUCACGCCCCAACCCCCAGACAGACCAGAAAGCUCCAGGGAGCAGCACCUUGAGGUCAGCCAGGUCCAGGCUGGGGAAAGACAGACAGACAGACACGUCUUUGAGACUGAGCCUCUGCAGGUCUCAGGCCAUCCCUGCAGAAGGGGGCCUGUGCGAUACUGCAGCAGAGUGGACAUCCCCUCAGGGCAGGUGUCUCGUCAGAAGGAGGUUUUCCAGGCCCUGGAGGCAGGCAAGAGGGAAAACCAGGGAUCCAGGGUAAUCCCUGAGCCCAUCCCAACAGGCUCUGUGCACAAGUUCACCUGGCUCUUUGAGAAUUGCCCCAUGGGCUCCCUGGCAGCUGAGAGCAUCCAAGGGGGCAACCACCAGGAAGAGCAGCCCGUGGGCCCCUCAGGCAAUAGGGUGUGGGAGAGGCAACAGACUGCAGUUGAGGGGACCCUGCGGACUCUGCACGCCACGCCUGGCAUCCUGCACCACGGAGGCAUCGUCAUGGAGGCCCGAGGGCCAGGGGAGCUCUGCCUCGCCAAGUACGUGCUCCCAGGCCCAGGGCAGGGCGGCCCCCACGUUCGGAAGGAGGAGCUGGUGUCUGGCGAGCUUCCCAGGAUUGUCCGCCAAGUGCUGCACCGGCCAGACGUGGACCAGCAGGGGCUCCUGGUGCAGGAGGACCCAGUGGGCCAGCUUCGCCUCAAGCCACUGAAGCUGCCAGCACCAGGCAGCAGCUGGAAGGUCGAAGACAUGGACCCUGAGUUCCAGCAGUUGCUGGCUUGUGGCCUCGGGACCUCGGUGGCGAGGACUGGGCUAGUGAUGCAGGAGACAGAGCAGGGCCUAGUGGCACUGACCGCCUACUCUCUGCAGCCCCGGCUAACCAGCAGGGCCCCCGAGAGGAGCAGUGUGCAGAUGCUGGCCAGCUGCAUAGACAAAGGAGACCUGAGUGGCCUGCACAGUCUGCGGUGGGAGCCACCGGCUGACUCAAGUCCAGUGCCAGCCAGCGAGGGGGCCCAGAGGCUGCCCCUGACUGAGAGCAUCAUCCGUGUUCCCCCACUGGACCCCAGCAUGGGGAUGGGGCAUCUGAGAGGGCCGGGGGCCACCCCCUGCCCCCCACAGGCCAUUAGAAAGGCAGUCCCUCUGGCUAGGGAAGAAAAGCAGGAAAGCAGGUGCACUGGGCAGAAAGGGAUGGAAGCUUUGGGAAAGUCAGAUGGAGCCACGACUACGCCCCUGGGGCCCAAGUCCCCAAACCUCCAGGCUGCCAUGCAGAGUCUGCGAAUGGCAACAGCUGAAGCCCAAAGCCUGCACCAGCAAGUUCUGAGCAAGCACAAGCAGGGCCCCACCCCUGGAGCCGCCUCUAUGCCCUCCCAGGAUAGUCUUCUGCAAGUACCGGCCACAGCCACUGGGACUGCCCAGAGCAACACCAGGCCUCUGGCUGGAGGUGACCCCAGGAUCCCAGCAGCCCCCAGAAAGGUCAGUGGGGAACAGAAAGCACUGCCUGGAGGGCUGCCUAGGGGGUGGGUGACUAUUCAGGAUGGCAUUUACACUGCUCACCCCAUCAGGACCUUUGACCUACCGGGGGGUGUCUGGCCUUCUGAGAGAGGAGCCUUGCCAAGGGGCAGGGAGACUGCGCUCCCGUCCCAGGCUCCCAGCCCACUCCUGGAAGGCCCAGGUCAGAGUCUCGGGCCUGGGCAAGAGGAGCCUGGGAGCCACACACAGAAGGCCUGGGGACCUCCAGAGAAGGUGAUGGCAGGACUCGGCCCAGGGGUCCUCCAAGCUGCAAAGACCACCCUGAAGGCUGCCCCUUUAGCCCCCCACACUCUGGCCUCUGGGCCUCAGGCUGCAGGUGCCAGCCUGCACUCCCAUAAUGCCUCUGUUCCGCCUCCUCCUCCUCUCCCAGCUGCUGUGACGGGACCUGACUUCCCAGCCCAAGCCGGCCAUGAUGAGAAUUCCAUCCAGCAGGCCUCUGAGCCCACGCAGGACCCCCUUCUCCAGUCCCACAGCAGCCCUGCUGGCCAGAGAAGCCCUGGGAAUUCACAGACAAAAACCCCGAAACUGGAGCCCACCACGCACCCAAGGAAGAAGCCCCAGCUGCCCCCCAAACCUGCACACCUAAGCCAGAUCCCGCCCCCUCACUGGCUGCCCAAGCCCUCAGCCCUCUCUCCCAGCUCCUCUAAGGAAGUGGGGCAAGGAAAAUACAGACAAGGUGAGACUGGUACAACUGACCAUCACCCUCGGCCAACCAAGGUCCCCACCACUGCAGGCCAAGGCCGAGUAUCGCGGGCUGGAUGCUCCACUGGACAGAGCCAGCACAGCCCCCAGCAUGACUCCAGCACCGUGGCCCCCAGGCCCACCAGAAGUCAGGCUGCGGGCAGCAACGACCAGAGCCCUGAGCCCCUCGAGCUCUCAGCUCUCAGCAGUGACCCCACCUCACCGCAGCAGGGCCCCAGCCCCUCAGGAGAGAAGUGCACAGACAGUUCCCAGCAAGGGGUCCCUGAGAGCCCCAAGAUUCUGCAGGGAAGCCAGCAAGAGCUCCAGGGCCUCCUGAGCCAGGUGCAAGCACUGGAGAAGGAGGCCAAAAGCGCCGUGGACGUGCGGGCACUGAGGAGGCUCUUCGAGGCUGUGCCCCAGCUGAGAGGGGCCCCUCCAGCUCCCGCUGCCCCCCACAAGCCCAAGGCCUCAGUGGAGCAGGCCUUUGGGGAGCUGACAAGGGUCAGCACGGAGGUGGCCCGGCUGAAGGAACAGACCCUGGCCAGGCUGCUGGACAUCGAGGAGGCCGUGCACAAGGCUCUCAGCUCCAUGUCUAGCCUCCAGCCUGGGAAUAACACCAGAGGCCGUGCCCAGGGACCUCUAAAGGACCACAGUGUCCACAACGUCAGUGUCACAGACAGCAGUAGAGUCAGGCCCAACUGCCCAGGCCAGGAGGUCAGGAGCCAAACUGCAGUCAAGAGCCAAACUGAGGUUACAUGCCACACUGAGGUCCAGGGUCAGGCCAAGGUCAGAAAUCACACUGAGGUCAGAAGUCAAGCAGCCCCAACCACCCCUUCUACUCGGAGGCUGGAGACCUUGAGAGAAGAGUCAAGCCUCCCUCGAGUGUUACCUCCCAGCAGAGAUUCACCCUCCUCCCCAACCUUUACCUCCAUCGAGUCGGCCACUAGGAAGCUUCUGGAGGCUCCCAGCCCCAGGUGCAGCCCCGAGGUCUCAGUGAAAAGCACACACCUCCCCCAGGAUGUGGGCCAGGCUCAGCCCCACCAGAAAGAUGUCUGGAACAAGGCCGGGAAGAAAGAAGCCACCCAGUGCUCCGGACAGCCCCAGCAUGCCCCUGCCUCAGCCAGCCCCCUGCCCACCAGGCGGCAGAAAAGUGUUCUGGAGCUGCAGACUGGGCCCGGUGGCUCCCAGCACUAUGGAGCCACAAGAACAGUGACCGAGCAAUAUGAGAGGGUGGACCAGUGCAGGACCUCAGUGCUCACCUCCCCCACCACGGUCACCGAGCCCGCAGAGCCGCCCAGGGGCCCAGGCCCCCACCUCGGGCUCCACGCCUCCCCCUUGCUGAGGCAGUUCCUGCACAGUCCAGCCGGGCUCAGCACAGGCCUGGCAGAAGCUGGGAAGGUGUGUGUGCCCUGCGGCCACUCCCAGCCAGAUGCCCAGUGAGCCCCUCCACCUCCCACCACAGCCUCCCACCCACCCCCAGGGCCCUGGGAUGGAGGUGGGUGCCUACCUCCUGCACAGAUGAGGCAAGGACCAAAAAGAAAGGGCAUCUUCUGAGACUUGUGGGCAGUUUCCCUUUUGUCAGUUCUUGCAAAAGGGGGGAAAGAAAAGUUGCGAAGAAGCCCCUCUGAGUAGCCGAAGCCCAGGAGCUGGAUGGGGGCUCACAGCUGCUCGUGGAGGAUGUAAUCUGUACAGGCACACACACUCCUCUCACAGGCCUGGCCCGUGUGCCAACACGAGUGAGUAUACAUGCCACUGCCUGAGACAGAACCCCGUGAGUGACCUUCAGCCUUCAUUUCUUUUAAUACAAGUCAAAUGUUCUCAGUCUUCUGCUCUUUAAUUCCUGGGGAGGACAGGGCCAGCUGCAUUGGUCUCUGUUUCAGAUUGACUAGGGCCCCAGAGGGCCCCUUCAUUACCAUCUCCCUCAUUCAGCGAGUCAUCCUGGCAGCACAAAGGUCAUACAGACAAGGUCGGCGAUCACCAAUGUCCCUAGAAGCCAAAGGUUCUCUCCACCCCCAAUGCCCCUGACUCUGUACCCCAAAUGGGAGGGAUACAGUCUGAAUAAACCCAAGUUUUAUUCCCUCCUC